AUGUCUCUCCCCUCACCAUACCCCUUCACCAACUCGACUCACUGCUUCAUUCACCGAUUCCCAUUUCGUCGCAUAUACACUCAUAAACCUUCCAAGAUGUCGUGGUUUCAAAAGUCGUUCUCACUUAAAGCUCAAUCCCGUGGCUCUUACCUCAUAACUUCUGAGAUCACGUCAAACCUUCCCGAAAUCGGAGACUACAAGGUUGGGCUUCUGAACCUGUUUAUUCAGCACACAAGCUGUGCGUUAUCUCUGAACGAAAAUUGGGAUAGUGAUGUUCGGCUGGAUAUGACGGAUGCCAUGAAUCGGAUUGUCGUUGAAGAUAAAAAGUAUGAAGGAAUCUAUCGUCAUGAUGCGGAAGGGAGCGAUGAUAUGCCGGGGCAUGUCAAGAGCAGCCUGAUCGGUGUGAGCAUUACAGUCCCCAUCACAGAUGGACGACUCAAUCUGGGCACAUGGCAAGGGAUAUAUUAUAUGGAAUUCAGAGACUCUAAGCAUAGGAGAAGUGUUGUUGCGACAAUCCAGGGAGAGAAAAUAUCGUCAACGUCGUAA